GAUUAUCGCAUGUCUUUUUCCUACGACUCUAGUAGUUCUUAGACUGGUCGUAAAGAGAAAGAGAAGCCCUUCUUUUUGCAGGGUAUGAAUCAAUAGCAGGCUAUCGUUAUUACGAGUAUUACCCGGUUGUGCAUUCCAUAAUGAAAUGCUUUAAUCCUCUGUAGGAAGACCACUGACGUCGAAUCAGUGGGAGCUUCCAACCCUUUAUUUUAUUUUGGUUGCUUCUGUCGGGAAACAGAACAAAGGGAAAGCUAAUUCCAGUUCACUUUUGAGUGCGCGAGUGCGUGUGUGCACGAGUAAAGUCUUCUGCUCGGCCGUCUUUUUGCGUUUGAUCCGUGGAGAAAAUGUUUGUUGGGUUUUUUCGGGCCUUUUCAGGAUGAGGAAGGGGAGUCUGUACGUGACUGUGUUGACUCUGUUGUUGCUUGGCGAUGGGUGGUUGGCCGAAGCCGCAAGAGGAACAGAGGAUGGAUCAGAAGAGUGGGGUUAUGUUGAAGUCAGACCCAAAGCACACAUGUUCUGGUGGCUCUACAGAAGUCCAAACAGAGUCGACGAUCCCUCCAAGCCCUGGCCUGUCGUUCUCUGGCUGCAGGGUGGACCUGGUGGAUCAGGAGUUGGGAUUGGCAACUUCAAAGAGAUUGGGCCACUGGACUCCAACCUGAAGCCACGAAAUUCGACAUGGUUGCAGAAAGCUGAUCUCUUGUUUGUGGACAACCCAGUUGGAACAGGAUACAGUUUUGUGGAGGACCCAGGGCUUUUUGUGAAAACAGAUGAAGAAGCUGCAACAGAUUUGACUACAUUGCUAAGGAAGAUAUUCAACAGGAAUGAGAGGCUCCGGAAGAGUCCUCUCUACCUUGUGGCCGAGUCUUAUGGAGGGAAAUAUGCUGUCACUCUUGCCUUGUCUGUACUAAAAGCCAUUGAAGCUGGCAAAUUGAAGCUUAAGCUGGGAGGAGUUGCAUUAGGAAACAGCUGGAUCUCCCCUGAAGACUUUGUGUUUUCAUGGGCUCCUCUUCUCAAAGACGUUUCAAGACUUGAUGACAAGGGCGUGAAAAAGUCUAUGAGUGUAGCUAGGAAGAUUAGGCGGCAGCUAAGGAGCAGGCAGUAUGCAGAGGCCACAGAUUCUUGGAGUGAGCUUGAGGGAUUGAUUCUUAGCAGCAGUAAUUCAGUGGAUUUUUACAAUUUUUUAUCGGAUGACGGAACGGACCCCGUGUCCAUGGAAGCAGCGGAACUCACGCGAGGAGUAUCAAUGAAGAGAUGCUUCGGAUACUCGAAUUACUUGAAAACUUCUGCGAACCAGGACAUCAAUUUCGACACCUUGAUGAACGUCAUCGUCAAGAAGAAGCUCCGGAUAAUCCCAGCGAAUAUUACAUGGGGAGAACAAUCGGGCUCCGUCUUCUCAGCGCUUCAAGGCGAUUUCAUGAAACCGAGAAUUGAAGAGGUCGAUGAGCUGCUCGCCAAAGGAGUGAAUGUGACUAUAUACAAUGGGCAACUUGAUCUAAUCUGUGCAACUAAAGGGGUUGAAGCAUGGGUUAAGAAGCUCAAGUGGAAAGGACUGAAGAGAUUUUUAAGCUUGGACAGGACACCUUUGUAUUGUGGGACAGGAAGUGGGACAAGGGGGUUCAAGAGAUCAUAUAAGAACUUGCACUUCUACUGGAUUCUUGGAGCAGGCCAUUUUGUACCAGUAGAUCAACCCUGCGUAUCAUUGGACAUGAUCGCUGCCGUCACACAGUCACCUGCUUCUACCUAAGACCAAAGCAAUAAAAAGAGAAAACGACAAGGGUGAGGGCUUCUGGUUCUGUAUGGUAAAAUACAGAAUUAGGAAGAAGAAAAAUGCAGCUUCUUUGUUUUUGUUUUUCUCAGUACAGGAAAUAAGAGCCCCGUGCAUUCUUUGAUUUCACAUGUUGAUAGAAAAAUGGAACAACAAUCUAUCAAAAGGAAAACAAUGUGGAAAAAGGCAAUAGAAUUUGUCUCAGUGAUCCUACAGUUUUUAUGUA